AUGUCGCUUAAGGAAUCGGCUUCAAUUGAUGUAGGGUAUCCCAUAUCCGGGACCAAAUUUCUCAAUAACAAGACUGUUUUGGUAACGGGUGGUGGUGGAGAAGGUAAUAAUGGUAUUCCUAAUAAAAUCACUGCGAUUAAGUGCAGUUUUAAAGUAACGGAUCCCAAGCGGAGGUUGCAAAAAUUUAGAGAAGUUCAGUUACCCUCUAAUGAGGACUCGCCACAGUGUAUUGACGCUACAAAACUUGUCGGUAGCAACGAGUUCAAUGUUGUUGUGGGAUGUAAUCAAAGCUCGCAAUUGAUCAAAUCCAUGAAUAUCAACAAUAAUGUACGCAAGUAUGCUUAUAAUGUGGAUGAGCAUUUGACAUUUGUUGAUGCUGCGCAGUUUGAAGAAGAAAUCAGCGGUGAUACUGACGAGUAUCCGAAAAUUAUCAAAAUUUCCCGCGAUAAUCAAAUAGGAUGUUUGAUGACUUCAGCCGUCCCUUCUGUAUUGUAUUUUUUCAAUCCUGAGUUAUUGGAGUUGAAGUACAAGUUGAAACCCGCUGAAAAUGUUGAGAUAAAGGAUUUUGCACUAUCCCCGCAAAAUGGCGCAAAGUUGUGUUACAUAACGCUGACUUCUAUCGUUUUAUUCGAUAUAAUAUCCAAUUGUGUUAUUUCAACUUCAAAAGCAAAUACAAGUUUGGAUAAAUCGUUGCAAAAGUACACCCUAUCUAAAGUGAAAUUCAUCAAGGAUGACGAGAUUCUAAUUGCUGCUAGUUGGAAAAAUGGCAAGGGGGCAGUUUUGCUCAAGUACAAUUUGAUCUCCCAGAAAAUAACUAGUGAACAAUUGGUAUCGAAAAAACUCAAUAAUAUAGUCGCUAUGGACAUCUCGAUACCUCAAGACUUAAUUGCAGUUGCUGGUAAUAAUUUGACAGUGUCACUAUUGAAACUUUCAAAUCUAAAAUUAUUGCAAACAUAUAAGAAAUUACAUUCUUUCGCUAUAACUAGCGUUGCAUUCUCACCAAAUGGUACUAAGCUAGCCACGGGGAGUGCAGCAAACACUCUUCAUGUAAUUCGUAUACCGCCAAACUACAGCAAUGGUAAAUCUUUUAUUGGAUCUUUAUUCCAGUACUUGUUAACUAUUCUUUUAGUGUUGGUAUUAGCUAUUGGUUUGCAAAAGGGACGUGAAUAUGAACAGGUGAAUGAAUUGGUGGAGCUUCUGAAACAGUUCCUGCAACAAUAUGGUGAAGUAGGGUUGGAAUAUGCAAAAGUCGGAUAUCAAUUAGCUGAAGAGUAUGGUAAACUUGGAUAUGACUUAUUGCAAGAAUAUGCAAGAGAUUAUGGAUCUAAAGCUAUUGAUUUUUACAAAGAAAAAUUCAAUAAGAAAGACACGGUUGUUUCUAAUGAAGAACAUUUGAAAAGUACAUUAAAUGAUAUUGUUCUGGAAGUAACAAAAGACAUUUAUCAAGAGACGAGAAAAUCGGAUUUCAAAAGUGAAACAUUUAUGAGUAAAGGAGAGCAUAUUACUCAGUCCAUUCUUGCUGGAGAAGAAAGUAGUGUACCUGAACCUUUGGAGAGCUCCUCGUUGUCUAUAAGUGCUUCUGUUGAGACUUUCAUGUACAGCACAACUACAACUACUCCAUCAACACAAGCUGCUGCUACAUAUGAUUCCGCCAAAUAUGAAGAUAAUGUAGAAGAGUCAUCAACUAGUGAUGUUAUAGAGGAAAGUGAAACAUCAAUUACCAACACAAAGGAUGAUGAUCUUUCUGUAGAUGAACUAUCCAUCCCUGUUGAGAUUCUGUCUUUAAAAACAUUAUCAAAAGACGCUGAAGCAAUUGAAACUGUGGUUGAACAGGCUGAUGAAGUGGAAGAAGUGGAAGAAAUUGAGGAAGUGGAGGAAGUGGAGGAAGUGGAGGAAGUGGAGGAAGUGGAGGAAGUGGAGGAAAUAGAAGAGGUUGAGGAAAUAGAAGAGGUUGAGGAAGUGGAAGAGGUUGAGGAAAUAGAAGAGGUUGAGAAGGCUGACGAAGUGGAAGAAAUCGAAGAAGUAAAAGAAAUAGAGGAAGUUGAGGUGAUUGAGGAAGUAGAAGGGAUUGAGAAGGCUGAUGAAGUGGAAGAAAUCGAAGAAGUAAAAGAAAUAGAGGAAGUUGAGGUGAUUGAGGAAGUAGAAGAGAUUGAGAAGGCUGAUGAAGUGGAGAAAAUUGAGGAAGUAAAAAAGACCGAGGAAACAACUGAAAUCUCGAGUGCAGCUGACAAAGAGGUGCCCGCCGUCGAGUCCAUGCGCCAUGAGCAAGGUGUCGAUCAUGAAUUGACGCGUGAAGUAAUAGAAUCAGUAUCGGAGCAAGUUCAAGUUCAUGAAAGUGAACCAACAGAGGAAGUCGUAUAUGAAGAAAUUAUUGAAGAAUUUGAGGAUAGCAAACCAAUAUCUUUUGACGUCAAUAAUUCCUCAUCGUCGGACUUUGUGGGUGAAGUUCAUUACAACGCAACUGAAGUAGUGGACUCUAUUGAGGAAAUUGUUUUAGAAAAAACUCCUAUUGAAAGGGAAAUACCGGAAGUACCGCUAGAGGCUACGUCGGAACCCUUUGUUGACAUUGAGUCCACAAAGAUUACAGACCUUUUAGAGAAGAGUUCAAGUACAAGCUCAGAACCGAUUCCGCAACUACAAACAGAAAGUAAAAAUGAUUACUCAAGUUUUGUUGAUGAAAGUUCUAGUGUCCCAGAACCAAUUGGAGAAAGUUUAGAUUUAUCUUCUACCAAUCAAGAAGAUGCCAAGAAUAUUGAAGAGGAGGUUGCACAUAUUGAUGAAGAUGAAAAAAAGUCUUCUCUUUUUGUAAAGGAAGUUGAGGAAAUCAUUUCUACAGAGAGUCGACUAGAGUCCGAGACAAAAACUGAGCAUCUCGACAACUCCAACACAAUACUAAGUCAAGUUGAAAUCACCCCUCCUCAAGAGUCCACUGCGAUUCUGAUUCUGGUUCUGGUUCCAGUUUCGAUUCCAGAACCUGUAAGCGAGAAAGAUGAGGCAGGUACAGGACGCGAUGAACCAACUCCAAAGCAACAAGCUGUUGAAGAAUUGGAAAAACCUAUUGUUGAAGUUUCAACACCAGCAGCUGCUAAAGGUGGUGAUGUGGAGAAAACGACACUACGUCCUGCUCCCGAAGAAGCCACAACAAUUAAACCAACAAAAAGAGUUACCAGAAAAGUAACUAGAACAGUGACAAAACCGAAAGCUGUAAAAACAAAUAAUCCAAGAGAAAAGGACGAACUCUAA